CACGAUCAAGGCAUUGCAGAACCGCACAGAAUGGCAGACAAUGUUGCUAUCGUUGACAUUGCUCAGAAAAACGUGGAUGAGGGAGACGGGAUGGACGAUGUCGAGGAAGAAACGCAGUCGGAUGGGGAGGACGACGAGUAAGGGGAGAGAAUCGGUGUCCGAGCCAUGCUGUCGGAUUUACAAUGAUUGCAAGUUUGCUCGCUAUUUCAAUCCUUCUGCGUUUUUCUCUCUUUGCUCCGUACAAUUUGGCCACACACGUCGCACUACAGAUCUCACGUAACAUGUUUCUCCUUUAAAUGCCGCUCUUGAUGGUACCUAGGACCACUCAAGUUGGUAAAUGUCACGACACGCAGACUUGUCUCUAUAAAUCUAUUAUGGAACGGCUUUGUAUGCUAUGAGCCGCUUAUCCGAUGCUGCAAGAACACUGUCGGGGGAAGCAUCCCCGUGUUGAGGCU